GAUUAGUCCCAAAGAAGGGUGGCAAGUGUACAGUUCAGCACAAGACCCUGAUGGACGAUGCAUUUGCACAGUGGUGGCUCCAGAACAAAACCUGUGUUCCAGGGAUGCCAAAAGCAGGCAGCUUCGCCAACUUCUGGAAAAGGUUCAGAACAUGUCCCAGUCUAUUGAAGUCUUAAACUUGAGAACUCAGAGAGAUUUCCAAUAUGUUCUAAAAAUGGAAACCCAAAUGAAAGGGCUGAAGGCCAAGUUUCGGCAGAUUGAAGAUGAUCGGAAGACACUAAUGACCAAGCAUUUUCAAGAGUUGAAAGAGAAGAUGGAUGAACUCCUGCCCUUGAUCCCAGUCCUAGAACAGUACAAAACAGAUGCCAAGUUAAUCACCCAGUUUAAAGAGGAAAUCCGGAAUCUGUCUGCCGUCCUCACUGGGAUUCAAGAGGAAAUCGGUGCCUAUGACUACGAGGAACUGCACCAGAGGGUGCUUAGCCUAGAGACCAGGCUUCGUGACUGCAUGAAAAAGCUGACAUGUGGCAAAUUGAUGAAAAUCACAGGCCCAAUUACAGUCAAGACAUCUGGAACCCGAUUUGGUGCUUGGAUGACAGAUCCUUUAGCAUCUGAAAAAAAUAACCGAGUCUGGUACAUGGACAGUUAUACUAACAAUAAAAUUGUUCGUGAGUACAAAUCAAUUGCAGACUUUGUCAGUGGGGCUGAAUCAAGGACAUACAACCUCCCUUUCAAAUGGGCGGGAACUAACCAUGUUGUCUACAACGGCUCACUCUAUUUUAACAAGUAUCAGAGUAACAUCAUCAUCAAAUACAGCUUUGAUAUGGGGCGAGUGCUUGCCCAACGAAGUCUGGAGUAUGCUGGUUUUCACAAUGUUUACCCCUAUACAUGGGGUGGAUUCUCUGAUAUCGACCUAAUGGCUGAUGAAAUUGGGUUGUGGGCUGUGUAUGCAACUAACCAGAAUGCAGGCAAUAUUGUCAUCAGUCAACUUAACCAAGAUACCCUGGAGGUGAUGAAGAGCUGGAGCACUGGCUAUCCUAAAAGAAGUGCAGGGGAAUCUUUUAUGAUUUGUGGGACACUAUAUGUCACCAACUCCCACUUAACUGGAGCCAAGGUGUAUUACUCAUAUUCCACCAAAACCUCUACAUAUGAGUACACGGACAUUCCUUUUCAUAACCAAUACUUUCACAUAUCCAUGCUUGACUACAAUGCAAGAGAUAGAGCUCUUUAUGCCUGGAACAACGGUCACCAGGUCCUGUUCAAUGUCACACUUUUCCACAUCAUUAAGACUGAGGAUGACACAUAA